AUGUCGUCGAUUUCUAGUUCUAAAGAUAUAAAAUCCUGUGAUAAUAGCAAUAAAGAGUUCCUACUCUUAGAAAAAACCUGCGAGGGUUUUAAAGAUAGCGAUGAAGAAAUUAAAAUGAUAUUUAAUGAAAUAAAGAAGUUGUCGCACAAUAAGGAUGUAGAAAUAACGGACGAAGACGAUGUCGACUUAAUUCUAAAGAAGGCAGAAGAUAUCGCUAAUGAAACUGAAAAUUUAUUGAAAAACAGUCCAGUGGUUGCUAACCCUGUUGCGUAUCUAGGUGACUCAUCUGGAAUACCAGAAAUAACAGUAACAAAGUCCAAUGACCCUGAACCAUGUAGAGAGGGCAAUAAAAUUUUUAAUGGACGGGUAAGAAAAUAA